AUGCUGCGAUCAUCGCUACGUGUUCCCUUGGCAGCGGCGACGAAGAAGGCCCCUCAAGUGGCCACUAUUCCGCCUGGCCAGCCGGACCUGGCUCCGCAGUUCACUCAGGUGCUGCGAGGUUCCAAAUGACGUUUUGAAACCGGAUUUUAGAUUAAAACAAAUGAAUCGAAACUUUUUCUGAAGGAGAUUUGUCUUCUCAUUAUUUUUAAGAAGUUUUUUUUUUUGAAGUCAACCUCCUAAACGGUACGCGCAGAGUAGUAUCGAGACUUUGAUUUCUCGAUUUUCGUCUUGAUUAUCAUCCCAUAAAAAAGUUCCAGACAUUGUAAAACUGUCAACCGAGAGACAUACGCCGUCUAAGUUUUUUUCCGAUAAGGGGUUCAUUAGAAGCGAUUUUUGGUUUUUAUGUUUAUGGUCCUUGAUGAAUUCGUUUGACUGAUUGGCAUUACACAGAUUUUCACGAGAAAGGUGUCAAUGUUUUUGGUGGCGAUGAAAAGGGAAUGAUUGAUUUUUUCUCUGCGAACUUGGAGGUUUUCGAUGAAUGCCAUUUUUGGUAGGAAGGAAAAAGACGAACUAAAAUCCAUGUUAUUCAUUUUUUUUUUUGGAUGGCAAGUUAAAGGAAAAUAUGGAGAUUAAGGAUGAAGUAGUGUCCAGCAGUUUUGGCUAUGAAGUCUAUAGAUGGAAUUUUUAAUCUCUAUCGAUAAUCGAGCAAUUUUUUUCCCAGCCAUUUCGAAUUUUUUUGUGAUUAUAAAAAAAGCUAAAUUAAAAUUUUUUUAGAUUUCGCUAGGGUUUUUGAAAAACUUGAAUUAAUGAAUAGUUCAGUUUAUUAACCGCCUCCUGGUAACAAGUCCAUAUUUGGGAGAGGUUUUUUUUUUGAAUAAUGAAACUCUCAACGGAGAUUCUACAAAUUACCAGCAAAAUUGUGAAAAAAGAGGUCAAAGGAGACGAUUUCAAUGGGAAUCGUGACCUAAUCCUAAAUUUUCCUGCUUCUAUUGAAUUUUGAAGUAAUUUUUGGGGGAAUAAAAUUGUAGUUUUUCAAGUUUCUAAUCAUGAGUUUGUCCCGGAAAGUUCUCAGUUCACGGCUAGGUUGUUGAAGCAACAUCAAGGUUUUUUUUUCAAUGAAAAAUCUGAUUUCAGUUGUUCAUCAACAACGAGUUCGUGAACGCGCGAUCGGGCAAAACGUUCGAGACGUUCAAUCCGGCCAAUGGGAAGCUUAUCGCCAAAAUCUCCGAAGGUGAUAAGGCGGACGUCGACGCGGCGGUUAAAGUGAUUAUUUUAUCAUGAGACUCGAUAUUGAGUUAUCUCUGAUUGGAACCAUUGUUGGUUGUAAAAUAUGAGAAAAUGAAGUGAAAAGCUAAUUUUUGACUGAAGUUUUUUUUUUCUGAACCGAUUCUUACUUGAGAAAAAAAUUUUAGUCGCCACUUAAAAGGUCCCUUGAAGGCUACGUGGAGAGGACACUUAAGUGACCUCUGAAACCACCUCUAUAGAAGACACUAUUUCGCGUCUUUAAGUUAAAAUUUUAAGAUUUAGAUAGGCUUUUAAAAAGUCGAGUCGUUGGAUAGUUAAGUUUAUUAACCGCUAGCUGGUAACAAAGUGCCCACUAUAGUAGUUUUUAAUGAUCUAGUAGUAGCAAUUGAACUCCUAAAAAGGCUAAUGAGUUUUAGCCACUCAAGGGGCCACUAAUUUGACUUCUAUAGUGGCCACUAAAACGUCAAAACCCUAAAGUGGCUACUAAUAAACUUCUUAAAUUUAAGUUAUCAAAAAUAUAAUGAAAAACGAAGCUAGAAAUUCAAUCAGUAAAUCUUUGAGUUCAUAUCUUUUUUACUGUUUUACUUGAUUUACGAGGAAAUUGGACAGUUUAGACUUCAAAAUCGAAAAUCAAUAUUACGUAAUUAGAGUUAUUUUGACUGUGGAAAACGGGAAAUUGGUUUAAAAGUUGAAAACCAAUAUGUCAGUACUUGAUUUGAUAUUUUUUUACUGACUAGAGUUGACUUGAUUUUUCAGGUUCAUCAGGCUAUUUAGGCUUCAAGCUAGAAAAUAUGCACUUUUCCAGGCUGCCAACCAGGCGUUCCGAACGGGAAGCGAAUGGCGCACGAUGGACGCCGCCCGCCGCGGGCAUUUACUCAACAAACUUGCUGAUUUGAUGGAACGGGAUCGAGUUAUCUUGGCGGUGUGUGGAGUUGACAUUCAAGAGAAGAGUCAUCAAACUAUGAAAAAAUUGACUUGUAAGCUUCUUAGAGCUGUGAUUUUGAAACAGUUAGAGGUGAUAAGAGGCUCAAAAAACAGUAAAAACUAUCAUUCUGUAUGUAUAGCUGAUUCACGGCUAACUUGGAACUCUAAGAAGGCGUGGCCUGUCUGUGCUCUCCACGAGCCAGGCACUAUUUCGAGCUUUAUUGUGUCAGGACCUUUUUUUCGAUGGCUCCAAGCCAGCCGUGAGUCAGCUAUACUUAAAAAAUCCUAAAUUUUGGGAAAAUUUUUUUGGUUUAUACUCAAAAAUCCCAAAACACGACAGAAAAAAAUUUUUAACGGAUUUAACUAGGAAGAGGAAAUUUUUAGACCUUUCGGGGUUUUUUCAAUAACGUAGUUGUCUCGAGCGAUCGUCGGCCAUACAGGCUUGUAGCAGUCUUAAAAAGACCAAUGAAAUAAAAUAUUUCAAAGAAGGUCCUCCGGAAUUUGUAUUGGAUGAAAGAAGAAAAGACUGACAUUGAUUAGAUAUUUUUUGAACAUAGGAAAAGUCGAAAUGGGUCGAAAAAGGCUCCAUAAGAAUGUUCAUUUUGGGUGACAACGGCUCCUUUUUGCGUCAUUUCAUCGGCUCUUAUGCAUCCUUUUUGCAGCCUCAUCCUUUUCUAACCAUUUCUCGAGCCUUCAAAAUCCCAGAAAAAAACUCAUCAUUCCCACUUUGCCCAAGAAUUGGCGUCAAAACGCUUCGCAACCGCUGUACACGUGAACGUAUACCGACGUUGCAAGCUGAGAAAAAUGAAUUAUACCCGAAAUUAUUUCAGUCCUUGGAGAGUCUGGACAACGGAAAGCCGUACGCGAUCGCCUACAACGCCGAUUUGGCCCUCUCGAUCGCCUGCCUCCGGUAUUAUGCCGGCUGGGCGGACAAGAACCACGGAAAAACGAUUCCCAUUGCCGGCGACUACUUCACCUACACGCGUCAUGAGCCCGUCGGCGUCUGCGGACAAAUCAUUCCGGUUUGGAGUUUGGAAGGAAAAAGGAUUGGAUGAGUAAUACUCGGGAAGUGCAAAAUAGAACUUGCUUACUUGUCCAGGAAAUUUCAAGUUUCCGCAUAUUCUUGAAGGUUAUAAUUGGAAUGAAAGAAACGAGGAUUUUCAAGAAAGUGGACUGAAUUUAAAAAAAAAAAAGAUUUUUUUCCAACAGAAAUUAGGACAAAGUAGGAUUUUAAAAAUAAUUUUUCGAUGUAAACCUUGAAAGUUUCGAUAUUGAACCGCAUAUUUUUUUAAUAUUUUUUUCCUCCAGGAGUUCAGUUUAGAAAGUUUAUUAAUUUUUCGGAUUUCAGUGGAACUUCCCGCUUCUAAUGCAAGCCUGGAAACUGGGACCAGCCCUCGCCAUGGGCAAUACUGUAGUUAUGAAGGUUUUUCAAGUCUUUAACGACAAAAAAAAAUUGUUUUUUCUUAGGUCGCUGAACAAACUCCCCUCAGCGCUCUACAUGUCGCCGCCCUGACUCGAGAGGUUUGAAAAUGCGGGAAUUUUGGAUUGAAAUGAAAAAAUUAUGGCUUGGAACACACUUCCCGGUGUGGAUUUUUGAUUAAUUUCACGCGAUAAAAAAAACAUUAGCCGUUUUCAAAGUUUAUUUCUUGAAAUUAAAAAAAAAACGUCACAGCGUGAAACAGAUAACUAGUUUUUGGAGAGUCAGAGAUAAAUUUGAUUUAUGUGAAAUUAUUUUGAAGACGGCGUUAGACAGCAGUAUUAAUACAAAUUUCCCUCCAAUUUUUCGAAAUUCCCAUUUUUCUUAUCUUUAUAAACCAAUAUCAAUCAGUAUCAAUCGUUAUUUAUUUCAUGUUCUAGUCCCAAAUUUAUUAGUUCGACUUAGUCAAUUCUCUUUUUUUGUAACUAGUUCUGGUAAAAGUCAGAUCUUGAACCAUAAAAUAUUUUUUUGUUCUAAAAAAAUGAUGAAAUUCGAUAAAAAAAUGAAUAUUUAGGCCGGUUUUUUUCCGGACGGCGUCAUCAACGUCAUCCCCGGUUUCGGGCCGACCGCGGGCCAUGCCAUUUCUUCGCAUCCUGAUGUUGAUAAGGUGAUUUAAAAAAUCAUUAUUGGUCUUUCCUUUGAAAAGGCCAGGUCCUUCUUUUUCAAGUCUGGGAAAUGUUAUAAAUUUUUUUGCUUUAUAGUAAAAAAAUUGUUGAAAAAAAUGUUCAAAAUGAUCCAAUAUUUUUUUCGAAAUUUUGUUUUUUUCAGUGGAAAAAUUUUUCUCUUUUGAUUUUUCUUGAUUUUUUUCAGCUUCGAAAACAAGUAAAACAGUUUUAAAGCUAUUUUUGUCGGUUAAAAAAAGUUAUUUUCACGAAACUAUUCAUAAUUCUAUUGCAAUGAAAUAAGUUUCGUUCGAAAAAACUUUAUCAAAACGUAUUCAUGCGUAAAAUCGUUGAAAAAUGGACCCGCUGGGGUUCAUUCUUUGUUUAAGCGGCUACUUGGAAAUCGAACUUAAGAAUUAAAAAAUAUUAAUUUUAGGUCGCUUUCACUGGAUCUACUGAUGUUGGUCGACUUGUGAUGAAAGCCGCCGCUGAAUCGAACAUUAAAAAGUAUUUUUUCGCAGAAAAACGGGUUGUGAAUUCAAUAGAGAAAUUUUUUAGAGUGACUCUUGAGCUCGGCGGGAAGAGCCCGAACAUCAUUUUUGCCGAUGCCGACCGUUAGUUUCAUUUUUUGGAGCUUUUUUCUCAAGAAUUGCUUCAGUUGAUACGGCUAUCAAACAAGCCAAUCACGGGCUUUUUUUCAACCAAGGACAGUGCUGCUGCGCCGGUUCGAGGACAUUUGUCGAGGGAAAGGUGAGGAGGGAAAAAAAUCGAAAGAAAAAUGGAGAACAUUGUAGAAAAUAUGAAGUAAAUUAGAGAAAAAUGAAGAAAAAUGAAGUAAUAGAAGGAUUAAUUAGGUAAAAUAGGAAAAUAUUAGAAAAAUGUUGUAGAUAGAAAUUUUUAAAGAAAAACUUGAAAUUUACUUAAAUUGAAUUUUUUUAGUCUGUGAAAUGAACUUUAAAUGCAUUUUUAGUGCAUAGAUUUGUGGUAUUUUUUUCUUUGAGGUGAAUAUUUCUCAAUGGUUAGUCAGUACAGAGAAAAAAACUCGCGUUUCUUUUUAUUUAAAAAAAACAGAAGUUUUUUUGAAGGUCUACGACGAGUUUGUCGCCCGAUCCAAAGAUUUGGCCGAGCAAUCGGUCCUCGGAGACCCCUUCGACUGCAAAACGACACAAGGUCCUCAGGUAAGAACGGAAUUUUUAAUUUUUGCUUAGGGCAUUUCCCAGAACCUUUUUGAGUCAAUUGAAGGUAAAAAACCAAGAAUUGGCGUUUUUGGGACUUUGAAAACAUUGAAACAGUGAAUGGUGAUUAAUUUCUGAAGAAAUAGAAAACAUUCGAAAAAAAAAGAUUUCUGCAAUACAAAGUUUCACCUUUAAAGACCUAUUUUUCAAUCCGAAAUUGAAAGUUGGUCUUAAAAACCUGAAAAAUAUAUUUCAAGUCACGGAAAAAAUUUUCAAGAUAUCUCAUUUCAGGUUGAUGGAAACCAGGUGCGAACAGUUUUGCGGUACAUCGAGGAGGGUAAAAAAGAAGGCGCUCAACUUGUCACAGGCUAGUUGAACCCGAAAGUGUAAAAAAAAAAACAAAUUUCAGGAGGCGAAAAAUGGGGAGAAAACGGGCAUUACGUGCAGCCGACCAUUUUCGCCAACGUCAAUGAUCAGAUGAAAAUCGCCCAGGAAGAGGUUCUUUUUGGAUAUUCCAGCUAGAUUUUGAAUGGUUUGAUUAACUGAUUCGAAGAUUUAAAAUGGAACUACUUCAACAUUUUAUGAGAAAAAAAACGGAGAAAAGGAAAAAUAUUGAAAUUUUUGACCAAGGUUAUAAUAAACUACAUUUAAAAUUGAAUAAGAACUCCUUUCAUUAUCAGAACUACUCAUGUCAAAACGACUGUCAUAAUGAUGAGGUUAACCGGCCGAGAAAAAAGGGCUCUCGGCGCGUUUGCCCAUAUUGAACCCGUAUAAGCACAGUUGGUAGAAUUUUUGCCAUUUUUACCACAAUUGAGACCCCGUUUUAGCCCAGGUGGAUCACAGUUUUUCAAAAAAUUACUUUUUGUACCCGUUUUUUCCCGUUUUAGCACAACUGAGACACAAAAAGCCCCAAAAAAAGGGUUUGAUACGGGUAAACCCGUUGUGACCCCUUACCAGUCUGAGAGGAUAUAAUGCCAAGUCGGUGAGGCCUUCUGAUUUUUUUUAGAACUUCUUUUUCCCUUGAAAGUUUAGAAACUACUUCGGGGGCUAGUUCAAAUAUAAAAUAAUGAUCUUGAAGAUCUUCGGCCCCGUUAUGAGCAUCAUCCGGUUCGAUUCGAUGGAGGAACUCGUCGAGAAAGCCAACAACACGAUUUAUGGUCUGGCGGCCGGAGUCAUGACUGCGGACCUCGACAAGGCUCUUCACAUUGCCAACACCAUCCGGGCUGGAUCCGUUUGGUUCGUUUCGAUGUGUUGAAAUAAUUUGUGAACACUUUUUGGAAGAUCACGCUUAUAUUAAGCUUGUUCUAGAAUAUUCUAGAAUCCUUUUCUAUCCUUUUCUUUACUUUUACGGUUGUAUUACGUCAUAGGGAUCAAUUUUGUAACUUCUUUUCUAGAAAAUUUCAUAUCUUUCUAGAAAUCUCCAAAUCGUUUCAGAAGUUUCUAUAACCUUCGCGAAAAAUCUUCAGAGAAUCACGCUUAUAUUAAGGAAACCUUACAUAGAACAAGCUUAAUUUAAGCGUUGUUCUCCAAAAAUGAAAAAUGAGUAAAAACUGAUCAUUUAAAAAAAUUUUUUUCGUCAUUUACCACUUUUUGUGGUAUUAUUAUUACAUAUUUUUUUCGACUUUCUACGAAGAAUUUCCUAUUAAAUUAAGAUCCGUUUCAAUUUUUUUCAAAAAGCAUGCUAGCCAUUUUUUUCAUUUCGAACAAAAAAAGGCUCUUUUUUUAGUUGACAUUAACAGGAAUUAUUGGAUCAUUUUUUUAAUUAAGUCGUUUUUUUCAUAUCCUUUUUUUCGAUUGGUAAAAUUUUUCGGAAUGCAAUGAAAAAGCUUGAGAAAAAUUUCGAACAUUUAAAAAUGUUUUCCGCUUCUUUGUUUGAUGGGCUAAUCGUGUUACCGAUAAAAAAAAUUUACUUUAAUUUCAAGCUUUUGUGAAACAGUUUGGUGUUCGAAAGUUUUUUUGAAUCAAGUGUAAAAAUCUUUCCAGGGUCAACUGCUACGACGUUUUUCGACGCGGCUGCGCCGUUCGGUGGAUACAAGCAAUCUGGUUUUUUUCUUUUUUUCAAAAAAAUUAAAAUUAUAAAAAAAAUGUUAAGGAAUCGGUCGCGAGCUCGGAGAAUACGGCCUCGAAGCCUACACUGA